AUGGUUGAUAAGGUGGUUAUUGACCAAGAUAAUGGUGUUAAUAAUGGUGAAACUAGAAAUGUCAAUGGAGUUAACAUUCCUCGAGAAUUAGGGGAACUUCGUGUAGAUAGCGUGUUAGGUGAAGGUGGUUUUGGUUGUAUCUUCAAAGGGUCGAUUGAUGAGCAUUCAUUGAUAGCUUGCAAGCACUGGAACAGACAUGGUUAUUGUUGUAAAGAGGCUUCAUCAAGAAAAUUUCCGGGGUCAUCAGGAAUGGUUGGCGAAAUCAACUACCUUGGCCAAUCGUAUCAUUCGAAUCUAGUAAAAUUGAUUGGCUAUUGCUUAGAAGAUGAGCAUUGGCUUUUGGUUGCUUUUGAUGCUACUAAGGGCCUAGCAUAUCUUUAUAAUGACAAGGCAAAAGUUAUAUACAAAGACUUUAAGUCGUCUAAUAUCCUACUUGACUCGAGUUAUAGGGCCAAACUCUAUGAAUUUGGGUUGGCCAACGAGUAG